AUGGAUGUCUCCCAGGCGGUAGCUUGCUACAUUUCAAAUAUCAUUAUGCCCCCUGGAGACAACACUUCAGCCAAAAUGAAAAUAUUGCUGUUGGACAGGGAAACCGUGUCUAUUGUUUCAACAGUCGUUACUCAAUCGUCAUUACUCAAUUACGAGGUAUAUCUCGUUGAUCGCUUGGACAACACCGCCCGCGAGAAAAUGCGCCAUCUUCGAUGCCUGUGCCUCCUCCGUCCAUCAUCUGAAAGUAUUCAACUUCUGAUAGAUGAGCUACGCGAUCCUAAUUAUGGGGAAUAUUAUCUGUACUUCACCAACGUAGCAAAAAAAUCGUCCCUCGAGCGACUUGCUGAGGCAGACGAUCAUGAGGUAGUGAAAACCGUUCAGGAACACUUCGCCGACUAUACCGUCAUCAACUCAGAUUUGUUCUCCCUAUCGAUGUCCCUCCCGCAGAGGCGUAUAUGGGGACCAAAUCCCGACACUUGGAAUGCAGAUUCUCUUCAGAGAUGUUCCGAGGGGUUGCUCGCAGUGUUAUUGUCUCUGAAGAAAAAGCCGCUCAUAAGGUAUGAGAGAAGCAGCCCUCUGGCCAAGAAACUGGCAUCAGAAGUGUGCUAUCUCAUGUCCCAGGAAGAACAACUUUUUGAGUUUCGAAAAGUUGACACGCCUCCCAUCCUCCUUGUUCUUGACAGACGAGAGGAUCCCGUGACACCAUUACUCACGCAGUGGACAUACCAAGCCAUGGUUCACCACCUUUUGGGUAUUCACAACGGUCGAGUUGACCUCAGCAACGUCCCGGACAUACGGCCGGAGCUGAUGGAAAUUGUCUUGUCUCAAGAUCAAGAUCCGUUCUUCAAGAAAAAUAUGUUCCUCAAUUUUGGCGAUCUAGGUUCGACAAUAAAGGACUAUGUUGAGCAGUAUCAGUCUAAGACGAAGAAUAAUGCCAAUAUCGAGUCAAUAUCUGACAUGAAGCGAUUCAUUGAGGAAUAUCCCGAGUUUCGUAAGCUCUCGGGCAACGUUAGCAAGCAUGUAACCUUAGUGUCAGAGCUAAGUCGACUGGUAUCGGCUCAAAAAUUGUUGGAGAAUAUUCAAAACCUCAUCCAAAUCCAAGGCAUCAGUCCUAAUGCCAAAGUUGGGCUGGUAGCGCUUUAUGCUUUGCGCUAUCACAAACAGCCAUCGAAUGCAAUUCCUAUGCUGGUAGAUCUUCUGGUUGCAGCUGGCGGUGUUUCACCAGCGCAGUCGAGCUUAGUUAACAAGAUCCUCGCUUACCAUCUUUCUCUGCACACAUCUCCGUCUCAAGGCGGGAUAUCCGACAUAUUUGACUCUGCCGGGAUCUUCUCGGGUGCUUCAAGCAGAUUUAGGCUGAAAGGGGUGGAAAACGUGUAUACGCAGCAUACAUCUCUUCUGGAAAGCACACUGCAGAAUCUAAUCAAAGGUCGCUUGAGGGAACAGCAAUAUCCCUUUGUGGAAGGAAGAGGGUCAACACGAGACAAGCCACAGGAUAUCAUUGUCUUUAUCGUGGGCGGCGCAACAUAUGAGGAGGCUAAGAUGAUCACCACUGGCAGGAUCAUUGACAAGGCCGGCAUUCAGUUUCACACACUGAAUCGCAGCAAGGGACCAGCUGUUUGGGGACCCCGUGCUCAGAUCGAUCGAACAUUAUACAAGCAGUACAUGAGAGAGGAACUCGAGUCCUAUCCGAAUCUCUCAAUUGUUCUCGCCAGCGUUUCAGAUAUUGUGUUAUCGGAGCUUGACCCUCCACCAGCACAAGGAACUUCCAAGUCUAUCUCUGGAGUGCGAUUAGAGUCCGGGCAAGUUUUGCCCACGGACAAAGUCAUUAUCACCACCGGAACUUUCUUAGGCGGCGAAAUACAUAUUGGUCUCCAGAGCUACCCGGCAGGGCGACUGGGUGAAGCAGCUACAUUUGGGUUAAGCAAGUCACUUUGGGCCGCCGGUUUCCAGCUUGGAAGGCUCAAAACCGGUACACCUCCACGGCUAGAUCAAAAGACUAUUGACUUCAGAGAGCUGGAAGUGCAAUAUGGGGACGAGCCGCCUACUCCAUUCUCUUUUUUGAAUGAUACAGUGUCAGUCGCGGACCAGCUUACUUGCAGCAUCACAUACACUACCGACGCAACUCAUCGAAUUGUGCGUGAAAACCUCCAGAACACCAUCCAUAUUCGAGAGACCAUCAAGGGCCCAAGGUACUGCCCAUCGUUGGAGUCCAAGGUUCUCCGUUUCCCAGACAAGGAGCGGCACAUAGUUUGGCUCGAACCAGAAGGUCUUGAUAGUCAAAUCGUUUAUCCCAAUGGAUUAUCAAUGACCAUACCACCUGAGGCUCAGAAGCAAGUUUUGCGAACCAUCAAGGGCCUCGAGCAGGUAGAAAUGCUACAGCCGGGCUACGGCGUGGAGUACGACUACAUCGACCCUCGCGGCCUCAAAUCCACGCUCGAGACUAGAGCCAUCCGCGGUCUAUACCUCGCUGGGCAGAUCAAUGGUACCACGGGAUACGAGGAGGCCGCUGGGCAGGGUGUUGUGGCUGGUAUUAACGCAGGGCGAGUUGCCCAGGGGUUAUCCGAAGUCUCGAUAUCUAGGUCUGAUGGCUAUAUUGGGAUUAUGAUAGACGAUCUCAUAACUAAAGGUGUCACAGAACCCUACCGGAUGUUUACAUCCAGGAGUGAAUUCCGCAUGGCGGCAAGAGCUGACAAUGCAGAUUCUCGGCUUACUGAGAAAGGUCGGCAAUGGGGUGUCGUCUCUGAUUCACGCUGGAGAGCAUUUUCAGACGAGCGCCAGAAGAUUAACGAUCUCACAAAGAUACUGGGCUCGGUAUCUUUCACAUCCGUCCAAUGGUCGAAACAAGGUUUUCAUCUUCGAAAAAACCCACUGCGCCGAACGGGCAUUGACAUUCUCCGACUAUCAAACACCGGAACUCGAGUUGAUCUUGAGCAGCUGAGCACUGCCAUUCCGGAAAUCCAAUCAUAUGCGACUCGAGUUAGGGACCGUGUGGCCAUUGAAGCCGUGUAUGCACCAUACGUCAAAAUGCAAGCUGCUGAACGGGGUCUGUUCACUUAUGACGAGAGUGUCCGCCUGCCUUUAGAUGUCGACUAUGACGCAAUACCCGGUCUAGCCUUGUCUGAAAGGGAAGUACUGAAAACAGCCUGCCCAGAAACUCUAGCACAAGCUCGCAGAGUCGAAGGCGUUACCCCCGCAGGUACUGUUAGGCUUCUGGCACACGUACGGCAGCGGUCUGUUAACGACCUGUCACGAACUAGCCAGACUAUAUUCUGA